GUGAAAAUCCAGAGUCAUGGCUGGAAGAGGCCCAAGUGGAGAAUACUGUAAGGUUUAUUAUUUUUUUUCCCAUGUUAAUAAUGGCUCCCAUUAGAGCAGAUCCAGAGAACAAACUUUUAGCCUACGCAUGCGGCAGCAGCCCCCCGAACAACGCGACCCUCUUGGAGAAAAUUUUGGACGCCGCACUGGCAUCUGUGGUGAAAGAAGUUGCUCCAUCUGGAUUAGCUACAACAGACGAGGAGACAUCUACAGAGACAACAACAGAUUCGAUAUACGUUCUGGCGCAGUGCAGAAAGGAUAAGUCUUCUGCCGAUUGCGUAAACUGCAUUAAAGUUGCACAGAAUCAAAUUCGCAACUGUUCUAGUGUGUCCGCCAAAGCAUUCUACGACAGCUGUUAUCUGCGUUACAAGAAUGUCAAUUUUUUAUGAAGUAUACACUGAUUCUACACAGAAACAGGUGUGCGGCACAGUUGACACCGCCUGUUCCAGUUUAUUUUCGUCAACAGGUCGAAGUUUGAUAACCUAUCUUUGCAGUACGACUCCGCGAAUAGCUGGUUAUUUUGCUGCUCAGACGAGACAAGGGCCGUCUAAUACGACUGUCUAUGGUCUUGCCUUUUGUCUGCGUUCUAUUCAAAGGGAUUCCUGUGAAAGUUGGCUUGAGUAUUGCUCAGGACAAGAUAAAUAAAUGUUUUCCUAGCUCGGAGGGACGGGCUCUAGACGCUGGCUGCUACUUGCGAUACGAUUGCAAACCCUUUUUUCCAAGCAAUGCGACAAUCGAUUUGGCUUAUUUCUUACCCACAGGGAAGAAGAAGGUGACUUCUGCAGUGUGGAUUAUAAUUGGUAUUGUGGGAGGGAUAGUCGUACUUGGCCUUUUAAUUUGUCGCCAUGUCUUCCGGAAGAAGAAACAAGUGGAUAUUGAGGGAGCAACGAAACUGCGUGGACCAGAAGAUUUCGACUUCAAGAUACUGAAAAAGGCAACUAAUCAUUUUCAUCAAGCAAAUAAGCUUGGACAAGGAAGGUUUGGUGAAGUGUUUAAGGGUACGUUGAAAAAUGGCAAAGUUGUGGCAGUAAAGAAGCUUACAUUAGGUCGCUCUGCCCACCUAAUUUCUGAAUUCGAAACCGAAGUGAAACUCAUUUCUAAUGUUCAUCACAAAAAUCUUGUGCGUUUACUUGGAUGUUGCAAACAAGGCCAAGAAAGGCUCCUAAUCUAUGAGUACAUGCCGAACAGCAGCCUCGACAGAAUAUUAUUUUGUUUUCUAUUCCUUAACUUUCCUCCUUUGCUUCUUUCAUCUGUUACAACAAAAAUUAUUGGUUUUGAAACUCUAGUGAGUUGCCCUACAUGCAGGAAAAAAUAAAAGACUUUUGACCUGGAAGGAAAGGUUCAACAUUAUCCUGGGCACUGCUCGUGGUCUCGCCUAUCUCCAUGAGGAAUUCCAUGUCUGUAUCAUCCAUCGUGAUAUUAAAUCAAGCAACAGAUUGCUUGACGAAAACUUUCAGGCAAAAAUUGCAGAUUUUGGGCUGGCAAGACUACUACCAAAUGAUAAAACUCAUGUUAGCACAAGAUAUACAGGAACCCUAGGACACACGGCUCCCGAAUACGCUGGCCAAGGAAAAUUUACAGAGAAAGCUGACAUCUACAGCUUUGGUAUGGUGGUUCUUGAAAUUGUCAGUGGCAGAAAAAGCAUUGACUUGAAGCAACCACCUCAUAUGCAGUAUUUGAUUCAAUGGGUUUGGAGCGUAUUCGAAGAUAACAGGGUUUUAGAGGUGGUGGAAAGUGAGAAGAAGAUGGAAGGGUAUAGUGAAGAAGAGACCUUGAAGGUGAUAAAUCUCGCGCUUUUAUGUAUACAAGUUUCUGCCAGACAUAGGCCAUCAAUGUCUGAGGUCGUGACACUCUUAAGGAAAGAUGAGAUUGAUUUUCAGAAACAUCUCCAACCAACAUCAAAUGCAACGAUUACAGAAUCCUUUAGUGCUCGUUAACCGAGUCUACCAUAAUAGGAUGGAUUGUUAAUUUCUAACCAUUUGUAUUGUU